GCGUGGUCAGUGUGUCAGUCAGUCUACGAGCGCGCGUCACCGGGAGUAGUGGUGCUUCGGGGCCGACUCUCUCGACGCUCCCCGUGUGUUAUUCACCGCACAUUUCAAGCCGAUCGACGGCGAGGAUCAGCGAUCGCGAGCCGCGACAGAGAGAUAGCAGAGGGAGGCGGGAGAGAUACGUGAAUCACACAAUUGCGUGCCGCUUUUCGCAAAUUUCGGGCCGAGGAACCGAGCCGCGAGGCGAGAAAGAGAGAGAGAGAAAGAGAGGGAGAGAAGGAGAGAGAGAGAGAAGAGACAGAGACGACGACGACGACGACGGCGACGAGGAUGGCGGACACCAAGGACGACUGCGCCGACAACGUGCAGUUCUUCGAAGGCGUUGAGAAGCUCCUCGAGAUCUGGUUCACCAGCUCCAAGGGCCUCAAGCAGCAUCAGGGUGAUCUGCGGCAGAUACCACGACAAAAGUGGGAAUCGUUGUUGAAGAUAGUCCGUUGCGAGAUCAUCAGCUUUUGCCGUAAUGAUCAAGUGGACGCCUACGUCCUGAGCGAGAGCAGCAUGUUUGUGUCCAAACGCCGACUCAUACUAAAGACCUGCGGCACCACCACACCUCUGCAGUGCUUGGAGCCGCUUCUGGAGCUCGUUGAGGAGUACACUGGCUUCGACGAUGUCGAGAACGUCUUUUACUCGCGAAAGAAUUACAAGAAACCGGAGCUCCAGAUAUCGCCGCAUCAGACAUUCGAGGAGGAGGUCGCUCUGCUGGAUUCCCUCUUCCCUGAUGGCGAGGCUUACUGCAUGGGCUCGCCCGAGACGGACUGCUGGUAUCUCUACACCCUGAUCCGCGAUAAGCCGCUGCAGGAUCCACCGGAGCCGGAUCAAACCCUGGAAAUACUCAUGACGCAGCUGGAUCCGGACGUGAUGUCGAUCUUCACCAGGGACGUCUGCUCGUCCGCCGACGAGGCGACGGUCAAGUCGGGGAUCGACAAGCUCAUCCCCACUAUGAUUAUAGAUGACUUCCUGUUCGAGCCAUGCGGAUACUCUAUGAACGGGAUAUCUAAGAACGGCAGCUACAUGACGAUCCACAUCACGCCGGAGCCCGAGUUCUCGUACGUGUCGUUCGAGUGCAACGUCGCGGAGACGUCGUACGACGAGAUAAUCCGCCGCGUGCUGAACACCUUCAAGCCGGACAAGUUCGUCGUGACGAUCUUCGCCAACAAGCAGUCCGCGGCGGCCAAUUGUCCGCGCGAGCUCGAGAAGCGGUCCGACUAUCUGAACCGCUCCGGCGACUGGCUGCGCAACGACGUGCAGUACUGUCGCUUCCCGAACUACGAUUUGACCUGCGCCUUCUUCUCGCGCUUCCCGAGCUGAGGGUUCAA